AGGGAGUUGCUUGCAGGGAGGCAACUGCCAGGCUUGGGUGUUUUUCAUUCUCUGACAAACAGCAUAUGGACAGAGUGUUUUUAUGUGUAACUGGAUUAUAUCCAGCCUAUCUUGAAGUUUGUGUUUUGUGUAAUGGGAUAGGUGUUGGCAAAAUUUUCCCCCUUCUAAUAAAAUUGUCAAUGAAAUAGCAAUGAGGGGGAAAAAUCAGAAACCCAGUCCUGGCUCCAAAGUAAAAUGGAGACGCUUUCUUCAAAUUUUCUGUGUUUUUGUUUUAAUGAGCUGAAAAAUACCUAAUUAAAAACAAUAGUUUUGGGGCUGGGGAUUUAGCUCAGUGGUAGAGCGCUUACCUAGGAAGCGCAAGGCCCUGGGUUCGGUCCCCAGCUCCGAAAAAAGAACCAAAAAAAAACCAAACAAACAAAAAAAACAAAACAAUAGUUUUAAAAAAAUCUCAGGCUGGACAUGGUGGUUCAUGCUUUUAAUCCCAGUCCUCCGGAGGUGGAGGCAGGUGGAUUUCUGUGAAUUUGAGGCCAGCCUGGUCUACUUAGUGAGCUCCAGGACAGUCAGGGCUAUAUCAAGAGACACUGUAUCAAAAUAAAAAAAGUAAAAACAUCUGAGGAGACACUGUUGAUUUAAUUUAAUUAUUUUUCCAAUAAAAACAAGGUGACCACAAAUUCGUAUUAAAUAGUUCAGUUGAACUCACCCAGCUCAUGAUUUAGCCUUAGCCUCUCCUCUGCUAGCUUUACAGUUUGUGCCACUGUGCUGAACUUACUGGGUCUCAAAACAAAGACAGUGUCACUUGUCGUAGACGCAAAAGAAAUGAAAGUUAUUAUUUUGAAGUUUUUUGGAGAUUGAAAGCUUUAUGUGUAUGAGCAUUUGCCUGAAGGAAUGUCUGUGCACUGUGUGUGCAGUGCCCAUGGUGGGUAGAUCGUGUUGGUUGUCGUGCGUGGGACUGGAGUUACAAACAGUUUAGUUGCCAUGUGAGUGCUGGGAACUGAAGCAAGUCCGGUGGCUGAGCAGCAGUGUCUUAACUGACGGCCAUCUCUCCAGCCUGGACUUACCCUGCCUCUUCUCAAAGGUUAUAAAGCCACAAUGAGUGGGCUAGAGUCCAGAAAUAGGUGAUUAUCAAGAAGAGUUGUUAAAUAUGAAGCCAAAAGUGGUAAAAACCUAGAAUCCCACCACUUAAGAGGAGCUCAGGUUUGAGGGCAACCUGAUAAAAACAGUCAGACUCAGAAAACAGCAUGUGUUUAUAGCGCACACCACGGACACACACACACACACACACACACACACACACACACACAGUGUUACAUAUAUACAGUACUACAUAUUUUUUUUUUUUUUUGGUUCUUUUUUUCGGAGCUGGGGACCGAACCCAGGGCCUUGCGCUUCCUAGGUAAGCGCUCUACCACUGAGCUAAAUCCCCAGCCCCAGUACUACAUAUUUUUAAAAAGGAAUAAAUGAUAAACACAACAUGGAUGAAUGUUGAAAUAAUCCUAAAUGAAUCCAGACCAAAAGAAAAGAAAAUAUGUUUUGUGAUUCCAAACAGAAGCCUCAUAUGCACACUACUCUACAGUGACAAGCGUACCAGUCCCAAGAAAUUAAAGGUUGUUAAAGCUUUAGAAGUUGUUAUUCACAAAAAUCUGUUUUUCACUGCCAUGCUGUUUUUAAUUUUACUUUAGAGAAAAAAGUAUUUUUGAAGAAGCAACUCAAUGAUUUAUUUUUUGUUAAUAAACACAUCUGCCUUUUGAGUUUUUAAUAACUAAUGAGCUUUAGGAUACUCUUCUCAUAAAUAUUUAUAAGGUGGGGCCUGUGGCAGGGAAAGGCACUAGCCACCAAGCCUGAAGACCACCUGAUUAGAUCCCUGGGACCUAAACGGUGGAAAACAUGGAAAACGAGAGCUGACUCCUUCCUGCAAGGUGCCCUGUGAACUGCACAGACACCAGUGAAUUUAAUUUUAAAAAAUUAAAACGUCAAUUUACCAACUAGCUGUUCUAUAGUGACCUAAUUUUUAAAAUGUCUGUCUUAUUGUGUGCGUGCGUAUUUGUGCAGGUGUGGGCGUAUGUGGAGGUCAGUGGAACGCUUGUGGUGGGGUGGGGUGGGGUUGCUUCCGUGCUGCCGCAUCAAGUUCAGGCAGUCCGGCUGUCUAGGCCGGCCCCUGAACAGGCCGGCUGGUUCUAUCUAGUAUUUUUUAAAAGCUUAUAGUUUCAUUUUCGUUUUUACUGUUAACCUUAAGAAAUACAUAGUCAGUUCCUUAAAUACUACUAUGUUAUGUGUAAUACCUAUACAUGGGGAAGUAAAAAAAGACAUUUAAACUGUGAAUUAGAAAAUGUUGUUACUGGAUGUGUGUUGUUGGUCCUCUAGCACAUCUGCUAUUAACAAGAUUGAAGGAGGAUUCUUAGCUUAUUUAAAAAUUACGUCAUGGCUUUGUUUUUGUUUGUUUUGUUCUGUCAGAUGGGGUCUCCCUUAGCCCAGGCUGGCUCUAGUGAAGUCCCUGUGUAUCGGAGUGGCCUUGAGCAGUUAGUCCUUUUACCUCUACGUCCCAAGUUCAGAGACACAGGCAGGCAGCACUACCCUGAACCAGGUCUGGGUCUGUCUUUUCUAUUUGAGACAGGCUGGCCUCAGCCUGUCCUGUGGAGGAGACUGGUAUGAAACUUCGGAUUAUACUGCCUCCACCUCUGGGGUUUGCAGACACUCAUCACCAACGCUGUACGAGACUUGGGUCUCAGUCAUUAAGAUACGAUGAGAAAGCAAAUGGGUAAAUGAAAAAGAGUCACGUACAUCAUAGUUUAUAGUUAAGCUAUAUAAUAACAUUUUAUAUGGUGCCUUCUUGGAUUGUUUUAUAGAUAUCCACACAAUAACUCCAUUUUUUAAAUUAAUCUGAAAGCACAAUAAUUAUUUAUCUGAAUCAUGGGAGAUUUUGAAAUCUUCCCAAUGCCUAAGACCAAAAAGACUAAUCAUAUCAUAUAGAGUGAGUUCUCGGAUUUUGGUCUACUUCUGAGUUACAACUUGAAUAAAUUAUUUUUCAAGGGGUUGGGGAUUAGCUCAGCAGUAGAGCGCUUGCCUAGCGAGCGCAAGGCCCUGGGUUCGGUCCCCAGCUCCGAAAAAAAAAAAAAAAAAGAAAAAGAAAAAAAAAAAGAAUUUAUUUUUCUAUUUUAUGUGCAUUGAUUGUUUUGCAUAAACACACACACACACACACACACACACACACAUAUCUGUCUAUGUGAGGAUGUUGGGUCCCCUUGAACAGAUAGGUGUGAGCUACCAAGUGGGUGAUGGGAAUUGAACCCUGAUCCCCUGGAAGAGCAGCUGUGCCAUCGCUUCGGCCUAAGAUUCUCUUGCAUUUGGAAUGCUUUUCUGUGGCAUACUUGGCCUGAUGUUGUUUGUUGGAUCCCUUCAAAGAAAAUGACAUUCAAUUUACUUUUUCAGGACGCAGUUCUUGGAAGUAGUGAACGUUUAAUUUGAAGUUUUAGUAGCUGUUCAGUAUUGCAAUACUAUAGUCAGUGUGUGGACUUGCUCGUAAGGCUGGUACAUGGUGUCAACGCUACCAGCCUUUUCUCAGUGUCCACAGAAAUGCAUUCAGAUGUUUCUCAGUGUCCACAGAAAUGCAUUUAGAUGAGUAGGUCAGUUGGCUGGCUCUUACACCAAAUUAGUUAACUAAUCAGCUUGCUCGUUUGUUUGUUUUUGAGACAGGGUUUGUGUCUGUAGCCCUGGCUGUCCUAGAACUGGCUCAGUAGACCAGGCUGGUCCUCCUGCCUCUGCCUCCACUGCAGUGCUGGCAUCAAAGGCAUGCACAUAUGUCUAUUUUGAGACUGGGUUUCUUGGUGUAACCCUGGUUGUCCUGGAACUCUCUCUGCUCUCCAAGUGCAGGUGAAGUGGUAACUGCCAUGGUUCUAGAUGCUUUGAACUUAGAGACAGAAGGAUCUCUAGGAGUCUGAGACCAGCUUGGGCAUUUUAGGAAGAAAUCAAACAAGCAAGCAAGCAAGCUCUGGCAGGACAUAGUGGUUCACACUUUUUACUUUCUCUGUGUACCCCUGGCUGUCCUGGAACUCCUUAUGUAGACCAGGCUGGCCUAGAAUUCACAGAGUUCUGCCUUUCUUUGCCUUCCCAGUGCUGGGAUUGAGUGUGCAGGUGCUGGGUAACGGUGGUGCACGCAGGAAGCAAAAGCAGGCAGAUAUCUGUGAGCUGUAGGCCGGCAAGGACUGUACAGUAAGACCCUGUCUCCGGAAUAAAAGCCUGAGUAGAUGGCUCAUCGGGUAAAGGUAUUUUCCACCCAGCCUGAUAACUUGAGUUUAAUCCCUGGAAUUCCACAUGGUGGAAAGGAGAGAAUUACUCUCCCUAAGUUGUCCUGUGAUUUCUACACAAGUGCCGUGGCACAUGCAUGUUUCUGCUCCAAUAUACACAGAAAUAAAUGUAAUUAAAUGAGAAAAGUAAAAUGAUUUGAUUUAUAAAUACCUCCUUUUAAAAACUGUAUACUGGACAGUGUGUUCUACCCAUCUACUUCACUGUAAGAGAUUUGCUUUGAUCUAACUGACCUUUUUCCUAGUAUUUGUUCAGCAGGUGUGUUUACUUUGUCAGUUUAGCAAACUGUGUGUGUACUGGGGGGUUGGUAUAUGCACAUGCGUAUAUACAGUUACGUGCAUAAGCAGAGUUGCUGGGUAUCAUUCUUUACCACUGCCUGCCUGUUUCCUCUGAGGCAGGAUCUCUCUCUGUAUCUGGGGCUUGUAUUCUUUUCCCUACUAGGCUAUUAGCCAACAAGCCUUCAAUGUUUCCCUGCUUCUGCCCCCACAGGACUGGGGUUACACACACACAUUUGUGAGAUUGGGCCUAGCUUGUUAUGUGGGUGCUGGGAUCUAAACUCAGCUCCUCAUGGUUGUGCAUCAAGUGCUGUCAACCAGAGUCAUCUCCCCAAGUCUCUGUCUUAAAUGAGGUGGCCGUGGAGUAGAAGGUCCUACGUGGAAAUCUGCAUUCCUCCCAUCACUUUACCUUACCACUGAAGACUAAUGCUCUUGUCGAUGACUAGAAAUGGCUACUUAGAGUUGUGGAGCUUCAAACUGAAGUGCUAAAGUACCAGACUAUAGUAGGCGUGUAGUUGGUAAUUCUCACUUCUUAAAAACAGAAAUAAAGUAUUGGAGGCUGAGGGUGUGGCUUGGUGGUAGAAUGCUUUUCUCUAUAUAAAGAGGCCCUGGAUUUGAUUGCCAGAUUUAAAAAAGAGAGGGAGAAAAAAAAAAGAAGAAAAAAGGAAGGAAGAAAGAAGGAAAACAUCUAUAAAUGAGGUUGUCUUUAAUUGCAUGUUUAGUGGAUGAAGAAAUGAACUCACUUGGCUGCCUUAACAGAAGUUAAGAAAUGUCGGAGCAGCAUCUUUGCAUGGGCUGUGUGGGUGUUCUCAGUAAGAGAUUCAUGUUAGUACAAGUACGAACAAGAAGUUAACUUUCCAGUCCGAGCUUACUUUCACUGUAGUUACUGUAACACCAUGCGUCUAACUGCACCAGCGCUUGGUGUUCUGAUGAAGCCAGAAUGUGAUGUAAAAUUUGAAUAUAAGCAGCCUAAAAUCCUGAAGUGGUAAAACUAGUGAAGCAAAACAGAAAACAAAACAAAAUUCCAGAAGAUACCUAAACAUCUUUUUUGGAAAUUAAAAACUUAGUUACAAGUUUUAGUUUGAUACGUUGGUUGGUACUUUAAAAACACCUAUUAUUUUUGUCAUAAUUAUUAUUAUUUUUUUUUAACUUGAGGCUAACAGAGAAUCCAAGUUAUAAGAAAGUAAAAUUUGAACAUUUAUAAAAUCUAUAAACCUACUGGAUGUGGUGACUCACUUCUAAUCCUAGCAUUCAGGAGGCUGAGGCAGGGGGAUCUCUGUGAGUUCAAGGCCAGCCUUGUCUACAUGGUGCCAGGAUCCCCAAGGCUACAGAGCAAAAUAAAUCUAUAAGAACUAAUUAAUUUCAGAAGCUAUUUUACUAUCAUUUACUUGAUUUCAAAGAGAGUAGGACAAGAUGACUGAUAGAAGUUGGCUUCGUUUGUGGCCAGAGAGAUGGCUCAGUGGUUAAGGGUGCUAACUGCUCUUGCAGAGGCCUAGCUUUGUUCUCUAAUGCCCACAUGGCCCACAACCUCAUGUAGCCCAGUUCCAGGGAUCCUGUACCCAUGUGUUGCACAUACAAUUGACAUAAUACACCCAGGCACACACACAUGCCACACAUGCACAUACAAUAGAUUUUUUAAAAAAAAGAAACAGCUUAGUUUGUAGUAACUUUCGGUAUGAGCCAUACUCUUGUGGUAAGAAACAGGACAAAAAAAAUCUAGUUCACAUCUUGAAAUGGUAACCAUGUUUGUUGUUGUUUGGUGUAGUCAAGAACAAAGUAAGGACGGUGGAGGUGAAACUGGGUGAAUAAGGUAUUUAGUUAGUAAUCAUUGUAUUGUUACAAGGUAGUCAAGCAGUAAUGUCAGGGAAAAAACUGAAUAUAAUCUAAAGUGCUGAAUAAUUUAUUGAAAUGAUAAUCAAGUAAAAACAGAUUGAAUAUAAUAACAGGGUUUAUGGAUACGUGAAAUAAAAUGUAGGUUUAAAUUGUUCUCAUUAAUUAAUUAAUUGAUUGAUUAAUUAUGUUCCAUGUCAUGCAGGUUACUCUCCUGACACAGGACAGUUUAAUCUGUUUGAAAAUCAAUUUUCUUCUAACACUUUGCUUUGUUUGAGAUGGGGGUGGUUUCACCAUUGUCAUCUAGGCUAGCUAGCUCCAAAUUCUGAGUGCUACAGGACUGUAGCUCGCUGUAAGUGGGAAAUUUCAAGUGGAAAUUUUAGGAACUAUUUAAGGUAACAGCAACACAGCUAACCAGAUUAUGGAGCAGCGCAGUUAUACUUAAAAAUUUUUUUUCUCUGUUUAAAUUUUUGAAAAUGUAAAUAGGUAAAUUAGAACAUACACAGCUUUGGACAUGUUUUGAUUACUUAGAAAAUGUCAUGACGACAGCACGGUAGUCAUGGUGAUUGUAUAGCUGUAAGAGCUUGUAUAGUUGAGCAUUGGGUGUAAGUUUCAUUUAAUGUCUGAUACUACAAUGAAAGUCAUUAAAUACUGUUAAGACUAUUGAGACUUAAAGUUAAUGUCAAAAUAGAAUGUUUAUAUCUAGACAUCUGGAGGAAUGGCGUCUCCUUCCAUUCCGUGGUGUCAUUUCAGGUGCUGCAUCACUUGGUUUAAUCCCCACAUAUCAGACAGUGAAUGAGAUAGCUCCAUGGUUAAGACCCGGGUCUGAUUCUCAGCACCCACUUGGUGACCCUCAGCUGUCCAUAGCUCCAGUUCCAGGGAACCCAACACUUUCUGGUCUCUGAGGCUAUCAGGCAUGCACAGACAUCCAGGCAGGCAAGUCACUCAUACAAGCCAAAUAAGAAAUUUUCGAAAAUCUCCUGACUAUGCAACUCAAGUCAUAUGACCGUUAACACCGGUAUUACUAGUACACGCUUUUACUCUCAACAUCUGCUUGUCUCUGGAUUUCCAUGUCACUUUAGCAUGUAGUCUCAUUGCUUAAAUGCCCAUGUAGGUGAUUUCUCUUCCUUUUCCUCUCCUGCCCCUCCUCCCCCCUUUCUUUCUUUUGAGUCUGGUGGAGACCAGACUGGCUUUGAACUCACAGAGAUUCACUUGCCUCUGUUUCCUGAGUGCUGGGACUAAAGGCGUGUGGCACCAUGCCAGGCGAUUUCUCUCUUGAUCACAGUAUUUGCCCAUUUCUUCAGAGUUCGUGACUAACCUCAUUUCCAUAAGCAUGCAAGGAUAUUUUCUUGAGGUUGUUUAAGGGACAGUGCUGUGCCAUAGAGCUUUGAGGUGGUAGAAGGAUCUUGAGUUUCCCUCUGAGAUAGGCUCUCCAGCCUAGGCUGCUGUGUAUGUACUUCUGACUACAGUCACACAGUCAGCUACUACCCACAGCAGCUAAGGAUUGGCCGCUGCUGCUUUCUUCUCCCUAGAGUUUUAAAGACUUUGAAAGUUUGUAUUAUGUGUGAGAUCUGUCUUUGUGUGAGCCUGUGCAUGAGGAUGCUGAACAGGCCAGGAGAGGGCAUCUGGAGCCAGAGUAGUUGUGAGCCGUCUGAUAGGGGAGCUGCAGUGGAGCUCUGCUCUUCCACAGGAACAGUGAACUCUUAACCACCGAGCCAUCUCUCCAGCCCAGGAUACUUGUUUUGUUUUUUGAUUUUGUUUUGAUGCUUUGAGACAGGGUUUCUCUGUGUAGCCCUGGCUGGCCUGGAAUUCAUUCUAUAUAGAUCAGGCUGGCCUUGAAUGUGUUUAUUUUAUUAUUUUGUUUGGAUGCUGUGCCUACAUAUAUGUUUGCACACCACAUGCAUGCCUGGUGCCAGCAGAAGUCAGCAGAGGGCAUCAGAUCCCCCAGGUCUGGAGUUAGAGGUAGUUGUGAGCCACCAUGUGGUCCUGGAAAUUGAACUGUUGACCUCUUCAAGAGCAGCCAGUGCCCCUAACUACUGGGCCAACUCUCUGGGUCUCCUAGAAUUUUUUUUUUUUAACUUUUUUUUACUUAUUUCUGCUCACUGCCCUCCUCCCAGCCAUCCCCUCCCACAAUCCUUCCCUCAUUCCCCCUCCCCUUCUCCUCUGAGCAGGUAGAGGCCCCUGUGGGUAUCUCCCCCACCCUGGCACUUCCAAGUCUCUUGGAGACUAGGCACUUCCUCUGCCACCGAGGCCAGACACAGCAGCCCAUAGAAUUCUUUCAGUCAGUGGAAUUAACAGCAUGUAGACUGCUAAGCAAUAAAGUGAUUUUUUUAAUUUGUUUUCUCAUUUGCUUGUUUGUUUUGUUUUGUCGAAGCAGGGUUUCUCUCUGCAGCCCUGGCUGUCCUGGAACCUGCUCUAUAUAUCAUACUAACCUCAAACUCAGAGAAGCAGCAGUAAAAUGUUUUAAAUGUAAAAUGCUCGCCUCUAUGUUUGUGUAUUUUGGACUAGUGUGGGUUUAUAAUCCCUGUACUUGGGAGGUAGAAGCAGCAGGAUCUGAAGUUUGAGUUCAUCUUCAGUUAUAUGGUGUGUUAGAAGACAGCUCGGGUUACAUGAGACCUUUUUUUAAAACAACAUUAAAACCAAACAAACAGCGUAAUCUGUGUGGAAAGGACUUGGUUUCUUCACACCUGUUCCUGGACACUUGCUUUUGUUUUCUCCCUCCCUACCUCAGGAGCUCACUAAGUAGACAAGAACGACCUGGAACUUCUGAUCCUUCUAUCUCUAUCUUCCCAGUGCUGGGGCGAUUGACCUGUGCCCCCACCCAGGUUUAUAGCUGCUGGGGUUCAAAGCUAGGGUUUUCUAUGUUAGACAGGAACUGCCAAUUGAGAUAAAGCUCAGUCUCCCAUACAAAAUGUUUUAUGUGUAUGAGUGUUUUGUCUGCAUAUCAGUCUACCAUCUACUUGCUCCUGGCGAUCAGAAGAGAGGGUCAGCUCCAUGGGCUUGGAGUUACAGAUGGUUGUAAGCCUCCAUAUGGUGCUGGGAAUUCAAUCUAGAUCCUCUACCAAAGUCACAGUGCUCUUAGCCACUGGGCCACCUCUCCAGCCCUAUUUAUUCUUAAAUGAUGGAGCAGUUACUAAAAUGGGAAGUUUUUUAUUUAGGGAACUUGUUCAUAAUUGUGUGUCUCUGGGAAUAUGUUUGUGUGUGGUUCUACUUACUCAUGUAGGAACCUAAGAGGCCAGAGGCGAGUGCCACAGUGCCUUUCGUCAUUCCACUACAGUUUCUAAAGAUUUCUUGUGAGUGCUUUCCCUGCAUGUAUGUCUACCACGUUCGUGCAGUGCCAGAGUAGGCAAGAAGAAUGGGUCUGAUCCCCUGGCACUGGAGUUGUAGAUGAUUGUGAACCCCUCGGCCAGGAACUAAACCAGGGUCCUCUGCAAGAGCAGCAGCUGCUGAGCUGGCUCUCCAGCACCCCCCCCACCCCCUGCACUUUAUUUUUCUGACACAAGGCCUCACUAUGUAGCUGACUGGCCUGAAACUCAGAGAUCGGCCUGCCUCUGUCUCCCUCUGCUGGGAUUAAAUGCGUGCACAACUAUACUUGGCUCCUUCCAUUUUCAGUCAGCAGUGUAGUUCUCUUCAGUGUUCUCCCUAACCCUCUUGUGUGCGCCACUUCAUGCAUAGGAUCCUUGUGAUUAUUUAGGCUCAACUGAAUGAGAGGAUAGUGUGCUUGCAUGGUGGUUUUCUGCUCUCUGCAACUUCUGGACUCUUCUGUGGUACUGGAGAUGGGAAUGCAGACAUGUGUAGCCUGAACACCAUCUGGGGUUCUGCUGGUUGGUUUUGCUUCAUUUUUGGGGGAUAGGAUUUCACUAUGCAGCCCUGUCUUGAACUCACGGAGAUCUGCUUGCCUCUGCCUCUCCCUCCUGAGUGCUGGGAUUAAAAGCAUAUGCCGGGGUUGGGGAUUUAACUCAGUGGUAGAGCGCUUGCCUAGAAAGCGCAAGGCCUUGGGUUCGGUCCCCAGCUCCAAAAAAACAAAGAAAAAAAAAGCAUAUGCCACCCUGUGUUGCUAUUAACAAGAAUUUCUGUCAGCGUUGCUUCCUGUUCAUAAUAGAAGAAGGUGCUACCACAAUUUGCUUUGGAUGUUAAAGACAUCCAAAUGUGUAAGACAUCAAAAUUUGUUGGUUAUGGCGUCAAACUCCUUUAAUCCUACUUCUUGGGAGGGGGAAAAACAAAGGCAGGAAGAUCUCUGAGACUGUCUCAAGGACAAAACAAACAAUUAACAAACAUGAAUUUUAGAUCUCCGAUCUGGCCAGUAUGUCAACAGUGAAGCUGUGCAAAUGACACUUCAAACAUAUAUGACUUUUGGCGUAUAGGACAAGAUUUGUAUUAAUCUAAUAUCAAAGUCAUUUUGGGGGGUAGUGAGUCAUUUUACUAGAGGUCAAGAUUCUAAUAUUUUUAUCAGUGAUAAUAUUAUGACAGUUUCUUGUAGUCUCAUUGAUAGUGACUCAUAUUGGUGACUUUUUAUAUAUUGAUACAGAAGAAAGAACUUCAUAAUGUACACAAUAUAAAUUCAGCACAAUGUUAGUAAUUCAUAUAUGCUUGUGGUUAUUAGAUGCAUGGCAGAGAAUAUCAUGUUGCAAAAGAUUAUAUAAAUAGUAUUUCUUAAAAAGAUUCUUUAGUCCGUGACUCUGACUUGACAUGUAGUGUGUGUUUUCAGCGGUUUUUUUACAUUUAUUUAUUGUGUGCGCAUGCCAUCGUACAUGAGUAGAGAUCGGAAGCCAACCUUUGGUAGUCGAUUGUCUCUUCCAUGUGGCCUCUAGGGAUUGAACCAGGUCAUCAGGUUGGCACAAGCACCUCCUUACUGCCCCUAUCUUCAGCAUUUAAUAAAUGCCUUCUAAUUUUAUUAUUUUAAAAUUUUAUUUAUUAUUUAUUUUUAUGUACAUUCUUGCUGCUGUGCUUUGCGCUGAGCAUGAGGUGGCGCUGCAGGUACUUUCUGGGCUUUCUUCAGAGUUCUUUUAGGAAGAAAGCAAAUCUCCCCAGGCAUGGUGGUGCCUGCCUUUAAUUCCACACUCGGGGCAGGGGCAGCUGAACUCUGUGAGUUCAAAACCAGCAGGGUACAGUGUCCUAGGACAACCAAAGCUACUUAGUGAGAGCCUGUCUUAAACAACAACAACAAAAAGCAAAUGUGGUGCUGGCUCCGUUGGUAAAGUGUUUGCCACACAAGCGUGAGGCCUUGAGUUGGAUUCCCGGUACCCACGUAAGAACAAGAUGUAGUGGUUUCACCUGUGACCCUGAAAUGGGGACUGGUCAGGUAGGAUUCCUUGGAGCUCUUUGGCCAGGUUCAGUGAGAGACCGUCUCAAAAGAUAAACGGUAGAGUAACAUAGGAAAACAUCUAUGCAGGCAUGUGCAUGAACCUGUAUCACCUACAGGCGCACAUAGCAGAUCGGAAACAUCAGUUCUAAUUGAUGUUUCAAACGUCUGGUGGCUCUCAGUACACUUACACUUAAUGGUAAUGAAAUAUUUUGAUGGUUAGCCUGGUCCUGUGUCCCUAGUAUUUUUCUGUCAGAAUUAAUUUAUUGAUAAUGUGCCAGGCACUACAGUUAGUUGUGGGUCUUCAGAGAGUCUAUUCAGGUGUUCCUAGUACACACUUCACUCUCCCCUUCGUUUCUGGCGCUACCCAUCCAUCACCAGUUAUGUGGUGCGUUUUCAUUAAAUGCAUUUCAUUUGAUUUCACAGCAUUUCAAGAAAAAACAUUUCAAAAACCAACUUGGUAUUUAUAAUACUGAGGAGCCGAAAGUUCUUAAUAGAAAUUCUUUGAAGUGCUAUCUACUGUCGGCUUUCAGAGAACCGUUUGGCUCUUCUCAGCCUGGACAUGUCUGAUAGCCCACAUUUCACCUUCUUAGCCUGGAUAUUUUCUGCCAGGAGGGACGGACUCUGUCUCAUUUAUCUUUUAUCUGUAGUGCUCAGGAUCUGACAUAACGCAGGCAACUCCACAGGAAGUGCUAUACUCUUAUCAGGACUGGACUGGGAGCUCCAGCCCAGUGGUCCCCUUUAUUGCCUUUCUCCCUAACAUUGCAGGCUGUAGGAUUAUGGGGCCUUGGCUGAGUCUUCACCCUCUACUGUUAGACUUAGCACAGUGUAAACACUUGUUCCAUUAGAGAAAUCUGAAUAGAUUGGGACUGGGCGGGGUAGCUGGGUUGUACCAUUUGGUUUCUUUCCCACUAUAGCAGCAACAGAAUGAGAAGGAAGGUGGAGCUGGCAGGAGCCUUCCCUGGACCUUUUCAGACUACAAAGGGUAAUCGACUGCUGCUGGUGCUCAGAAUUGACGUAGCCAGGCUCGAUGAGAGAAAGGGAAAGUUAAGGAUGCUGGAGCAGAACAAUGGAUUUCUCUUUCUCUUUCAUGCAAGGGAUCAUGGGAAACACAAUUCAGCAACCACCUCAACUCAUUGACUCGGCCAAUAUCCGCCAGGAGGAUGCCUUUGAUAACAACAGUGACAUUGUUGAAGAUGGUGGCCCGACACCCUUCGAAGCUACUUUGCAACAAGGUUUCCAAUGUCCACCUGCAACAGAAGACCUUCCUCCACUCACAAACGGCUACCCACCGUCCAUCAGCUUGUAUGAGACUCAAACCAAAUACCCGCCAUAUAGCCAGUAUCCCAAUGGGUCAGCCAACGGUUUUGGUGCAGUUAGAAACUUUAGUCCUACUGACUAUUACCAUUCAGAAAUUCCAAACACAAGACCACAUGAAAUUCUGGAAAAACCGUCUCCCCCACAGCCUCCUCCUCCUCCUCUUCUUCCUCCUCCUCCUCCUCCGGUACCACAAACUGUGAUUCCAAAGAAGACAGGCUCACCCGAGAUUAAACUAAAAAUAACCAAAACUAUCCAGAAUGGCAGGGAAUUGUUUGAGUCCUCCCUCUGUGGAGACCUUUUAAACGAAGUACAGGCCAGUGAGCACUUAAAGUCAAAGCACGAAAGCAGAAAGGAAAAGAGGAAAAAAAGCAGCAGACACGAGUCAUCGAGAUCCGAAGAGCGAAAGUCACACAAGGUCCCCAAGUUAGAGCCAGAGGGGCAGAAUAGACCAAAUGAGAGGGUGGACCCUGCACCAGAAAAGCCAAGAGAAGAGCCAGUGCUCAAAGAGGCCGUCCCGGUUCAGCCAAUACUGUCUUCUGUUCCAACAACAGAAACGUCCACUGGUGUUAAGUUCCAGGUUGGUGAUCUUGUUUGGUCCAAGGUGGGAACCUAUCCUUGGUGGCCUUGUAUGGUUUCAAGUGAUCCCCAGCUUGAGGUCCAUACCAAAAUUAACACAAGAGGUGCCCGGGAGUAUCAUGUCCAGUUUUUUAGCAACCAGCCAGAGAGGGCAUGGGUUCAUGAGAAGCGGGUACGGGAGUAUAAAGGUCACGAACAGUAUGAAGAGUUACUAGCAGAGGCAGCCAAACAAGCCAGCAACCAUUCUGAAAAGCAAAAGAUUCGGAAACCCCGACCUCAGAGAGAACGCGCCCAGUGGGAUAUUGGCAUUGCUCACGCAGAGAAAGCAUUGCAGAUGACACGAGAGGAAAGGGUAGAACAGUACACGUUCAUCUAUAUCGAUAAGCAGCCAGAAGAGUCUCCGUCCCAAGCAAAGAAGAGUGUUACCUCUAAGGCGGAAGUCAAGAAACCCCGAAGGCCCAGAUCUGUGGGGAACAGUCAGCCAGAACAGACCAGUGCUGGGGAGGUGGCUUCCCCACAGUCGAGUACUGACCCUCGCAGGCAGAGCCAGAGGCGGCACACCAGUGUGGAAGAGGACGGGCCGCCUCCCGUUAAAAUAGCCUGGAGAACAGCCGCCGCCAGGAAGUCCUUACCAGCCUCCAUCACAAUGCACAAGGGGAGCCUAGAUCUGCACAAGUGUAAUAUGUCUCCAGUUGUGAAAAUUGAACAAGUGUUUGCUCUCCAGAAUGCAACAGGAGAUGGGAAGUUUAUUGAUCAGUUUGUUUAUUCAACGAAGGGAAUUGGUAACAAAACAGAAAUAAGUGUCAGGGGGCAAGACAGGCUUAUAAUCUCUUCACCAAGUCAGAGAAACGAGAAGUCGACUCCGAGCGCGUCACCUCCGGAGGCCACAUCUGGUUCUGCAGGCCCAGUAGAAAAGAAGCAGCAGAGAAGAUCAAUCAGGACUCGAUCUGAGUCAGAGAAAUCCACCGAGGUUGUGUCAAAGAAGAAGAUCAAAAAGGAGCAGCAGGUUGAAACAUCUCCUCAGGCUUCCCUGAAGACCGGAUUACAGAAAGGUGCCAGCGAGAUUUCAGAUUCCUGUAAACCUCUAAAGAAAAGGAGUCGCGCCUCGACUGAUGUGGAAACGGCCAGUUGCACGUACAGAGACACAUCUGACUCCGAUUCCAGAGGACCGAGUGAUGGGCAGGUAGGCUUUGGAAAACAAGUAGAUAGCCCGUCAGCAGCUGCUGAUGCAGAUGCUUCUGAUGCACAGUCGGUGGACUCGAGCCUGUCACGGAGAGGCGUCGGCCUGAGUAAGAAGGACACUGUGUGUCAGGUCUGUGAGAACACUGGAGACUCUCUCGUUGCUUGUGAGGGGGAAUGCUGCAGACACUUUCAUCCGGAGUGCUUGGGGCUGGCUGCGGUCCCUGAGGGACGCUUCACCUGUGAGGAGUGUGAGACAGGGCAGCACCCAUGUUUUUCAUGUAAAGUGUCUGGUAAGGAUGUGAAACGUUGUUCUGUUAGUGUUUGUGGAAAGUUUUAUCAUGAAGCCUGUGUCCGCAAAUUCCCCACUGCCAUCUUUGAGUCAAAAGGAUUCCGCUGUCCCCAGCACUGUUGUUCUUCCUGCUCCAUGGAGAAGGACAUCCACAAAGCGAGCAAAGGCCGGAUGAUGAAGUGCUUGAGAUGCCCAAUCGCCUACCACUUUGGAGAUGCGUGUGUCGCUGCUGGAAGUGUAUCUGUGUCCUCCCACAUUCUCAUCUGUAGUAACCAUUCCAAGCGGAGUAGUCAUUCUGCUGCUAUAAACGUAGGCUUUUGUUUCGUUUGUGCCAGAGGGCUGAUAGUUCAGGACCAUUCAGACCCCAUGUUCAGUUCCUAUGCCUAUAAAUCCCACUACCUACUGAGUGAAUCAAACCGUGCUGAGUUGAUGAAAUUACCUAUGAUUCCUUCUUCGUCAGCUUCCAAAAAGAGAUGUGAGAAAGGUGGAAGAUUGCUCUGCUGUGAAUCGUGCCCUGCUUCCUUCCACCCAGAAUGCCUGAGCAUAGACAUGCCCGAAGGCUGCUGGAAUUGCAAUGACUGUAAAGCUGGCAAGAAGCUGCAUUACAAACAGAUUGUUUGGGUCAAAUUGGGAAAUUACAGAUGGUGGCCUGCAGAGACCUGCAGUCCCAGGUCUGUGCCGCUGAACAUCCAGGGCCUUAAGCACGGCGUGGGCGACUUCCCUGUGCUCUUCUUUGGCUCUCAUGACUACUACUGGGUCCACCAAGGCAGAGUGUUUCCCUAUGUUGAAGGAGACACAAACUUUGCUGAGGGACAGACUAGCAUUAACAAGACCUUCAAAAAAGCACUGGAAGAAGCUGCAAAACGUUUCCAGGAGUUGAAAGCGCAGCGAGAGAGUAAGGAGGCUUUGGAGAUAGAGAAAACCUCAAGAAAACCCCCUCCCUACAAACACAUCAAGGCCAACAAAGUCAUAGGGAAGGUGCAGAUCCAGGUGGCUGACCUGUCGGAGAUCCCGCGCUGUAACUGCAAGCCUGGUGAUGAAAACCCAUGUGGCCUGGAGUCGGAGUGUCUAAACAGAAUGUCACAGUACGAGUGUCACCCGCAGGUGUGCCCUGCUGGGGACCGCUGUCAGAACCAGUGCUUUACAAAGAGGCUGUACCCCGAUGCAGAGAUCAUCAAAACUGAGCGGAGAGGAUGGGGCCUCAGAACCAAAAGAAGUAUUAAAAAGGGGGAAUUUGUAAACGAAUAUGUCGGUGAACUAAUCGACGAGGAAGAGUGCAGACUUCGAAUCAAGCGAGCCCACGAGAACAGUGUAACUAAUUUUUAUAUGUUAACUGUUACCAAGGACCGUAUAAUUGAUGCUGGACCAAAGGGAAAUUAUUCUCGUUUCAUGAACCACAGUUGUAAUCCAAACUGUGAGACACAGAAGUGGACCGUGAAUGGAGAUGUCCGAGUCGGGCUGUUCGCUCUUUGUGACAUCCCUGCAGGGAUGGAGUUAACAUUUAAUUACAACUUGGACUGUCUGGGCAAUGGCAGGACAGUAUGCCACUGCGGAGCAGACAACUGCAGUGGUUUCCUAGGAGUGCGGCCAAAGUCUGCAUGUACGUCAGCAGCUGACGAGAAGACAAAAAAUGCCAAGUUAAAGAAGAGGCGGAGAGGCAAAGCAGAGGCCAAGCAAAUCCAUGAGGAUUAUUGUUUUCAGUGUGGGGAUGGUGGAGAGUUGGUCAUGUGUGACAAAAAAGACUGUCCCAAAGCGUACCACCUCCUAUGCCUUAACCUGACUCAGCCACCCUACGGAAAGUGGGAGUGCCCGUGGCAUCAGUGUGACGAGUGUGGCAGUGCAGCCAUUUCCUUCUGUGAAUUCUGUCCACACUCCUUCUGUAAGGCUCAUGAAAAGGGGGCUCUGGUACCCUCUGCACUAGAAGGUCGUCUCUGCUGCUCCAACCAUGACCCUGCAUCUCCUGUGUCACCGGAAUACUGGAGCAAGAUGAGAUGUAAAUGGGAAUCCCAAGAUGGUGGGGAAGAAGUAAAGGAGUGAGAGGUGGUGACUUCCUUCCCUGCAGCUCGCAGUCCCAGAGGCAACAGAGCACGCACUGUGCUUGCCACCAUCCACACCGCCUUCUAACCGAUGGGAGCUGGCUCACACAGGCUAAAGCACGGUGGUGUUUCCUAUUGUGUUGUUUGGGGGAUAAUUUGUGGACAGCAGAAUUCCCUUGGUCUUUUCUUGCCUAUUAUUGUGCUUCAGUGUCUUUGCAGUCAGCAAAAGAGGUGUCCUCGUUCUUAGAGUUGAAAGUUAAAAGAAUGUUUUGUCGAUAAGAUCGGUGUAAAGCCUGAAAUGUAAAUCCUGGGUUGUGUAAAGCGAAAGCAGCCACUCCUGUAUUUAUUUCCUUUUUUUAGGAAUUCUGAGAAGUGUAGUUGAAACAGUCUAACCUCUGUGAGCGUGCAUGGGUGCGUGCGUGCGUGACUACCUUUAUAUACCUCUUUACUGAGCCGUAGAUUGGCUAACUUCUCUUUCCCUUUUCACAUGCCUUUUCUUGUGUCAGAGAAGGCUCUCAGCAAGUAUUCAGACUGGCCUCUUGGAAACAAACUGCUCGACAGCAUUUACCUCUGUGGUGGGCUUCACAGUGCGCCAACUCUACCUAGAAGCAUCCUGUAGGGAAAAGGAAUGAGUGCACUCACUCAUUGUGAAAUGUCACCCGUUCACAGACUUUUCUGAUACAUUUGAGGGACGUGGAUGCACAGGAAAAUGCUCCUUUCUGCUCCUCACCACUGGGAAGGGGCUAAGAAAGAUUAAGGCACAGACCAAAAGUUGGGUCAUAUAUGCACCACUUUCUGACCAGUUUAAUGUAGACUCCAGUCUAACCUGGAACUUAAGGGCAUUUUAUUUUCUGUCUUUCCCUCUGCCGACCCCGUUCCCUUGCAGGCUGGGUCACUCAGUCAUGCUUUCUGGCAAAGCUAUGUAAUUGAAUCUGAAUUAUAUUUUAAUAGACUUUCUCAGUUGAUUUCCUAACUUAGGGAUGGUGCAAGUGGACAGAAACAUCCCCAAGUUAUAUGUGAACAAUUUCUACUUAGUAUUACGCAAUACUUAAGAUUGUCCCCAUUGCCUAAGGGGAAGAAGUUGCUCUUUCACAGGGUAUGUAGGAGCCACAGAGGCGUUCCUGUUAGAAAGCACUUGAAAAUGCCCCCCAGAAAGUCAGUGUUUGCAAACAUGGCUGUGACGUUUGAAUCGUUUGAAUAGUACAGACCCAGCAUACCAAGGUGUCUGCCCACAGAAUUCACUUGCAUCUAGCACUUAGGAAUAUAUCUAUUCCAGUAUUACUUGUCUGAAAUCAUGGUGGACAUGGUGACAUUAGACUAAAUGGCAGUCUGGUGUUACCAUGAAACAUGAACUUUCUCAGUGAGUUCUAACUGCUUACUGGAGGUACCCAGUAGGACUUAUUGUCCUUAAGAACCAAGUACUUUACUAGUGUAGGAGAUGCUCUACGACACCCUGAGGUUGUGUUAGGUGUGUUCUGAUCCUUUCUUAAUUUUAUACAAGUCAAUUCAGACCUCUUCUCUGAACAAAAGAAAGAGCAAUUUUUGUGCCUCUUUUUAAAAUAUAUAUAAAUGUGCAAUUUAUAGGCAACAAACACUACAGUUCCUCUCUCUAAGCUCCUAAACUGCCAUUUUCCUAGUUGUAGCAAUUCUAGUAGUUCUGCUGGUUGGACAGGCUCCGUGAGGAGGGAGGCGGGGUGGAACAGCAUCUAGUGAGUGCGGUCACCACGACUGGAGUGAGGCACUGCCUACACAAACACUAAAGCAAUUAUGAAGUUUGAUGUCCUUUAAAAAAAUAAUGUAAGAGUAUCUGGGUUUUAUCAUAUUAAAUUUUAUUUUAUACAGACAUGAUAACAUUUUUUAAACUCCUUAAUAAGGGACUUUGAUACUCCAAAUGUAACCCUUAUGAGAACAAUAUCCGAUGUGAGAUUGUAUCUUCUUUCCUUUUUGACCUCAUGCUUUUUAGUAUCUGAUAACUUUUAUAGAGUAAGCCCCGGGGUGCAUCGUGUAUUUAUAAAUACCUUACCCCGACCUGUCUCUGUUCUGCUUCUCUGGGAUGGCUUACUUGUGUUUAUAUCCAUAAAAGGGGUUUGCACUUUCCAAGUCUGUUCUUGCUAAACGGCUCAUAGGUUUGCUCCCAGAAGCACUCAUGCUCCAAACUUGCCUUUGCUGUGCCAGUGCAAGGGUUUCUUCCUGUGCCAUUGUGGCCUGGGUCUUAGAAUGGAGUGUUAAGAAAACAGAAAGUGUACAUACACUGUCCUUUCAUGUCCUAUGUCAGUGACAUUCCAAAAGGCACUGUGCUUACAGAGUCUGAAGCUGGUAGUUGUUAGCUUUGAAAUAUGAUUUUGGUAUACAGUAUUUGUGGUCGAUUUUAUUCAGCCCAGAAAUCAAGGACCUAAAGCAGCAUGGGAUAAUAGUGGUAUUUCCUAACCUCAGGAGGAAGAUGAGAUUCUGAUUAUCAGUGUAAAGCUUUAGAAGGUUGGCCGGAAAGAGCUAGAAAUGAUAGUGCCAGGUCAGCAUAGGCUGUGCCUUGGAGGCCUCACUGGGCUGCCAGUGUAGCUGCCUGUGCCUGGCUGCUUAGGACAGGGCCAAAGCUCUUCACUACCCGUGUGCCGCAGCCACCGCUGACUUGAGUCAAGCUGUCUUGAGUCAGGCUUGGAGAGCAGAGGGGGGUAGGGUUAUCUUCACUUGCUCUGCGAGCCCUACUCUAUUUUUAAUUCUCAAAAAUGACCUUUCCUAAGCUGUAGAAUAGACUGAGUUUUCUGUGUGUUAUAUAAUUGACAUUAUAUAUGUACAUAUAUAAUGUUUUAUUUAUAUAUAUAUGAGAUGCACACACACACACACACACACACACACACACACACACACAAAGUAGGAAGUAUUUGAAACUAAAGACCUAAGAAGGGCCCUGCAGCCCGCUGCUUUCUGUCAGUGUCUCUCGCUGCAGUGUUUGCAGAAGUGUGUGUAGGUGAUGUGGAUCUGAGAUUCUGAGGCGCUCUCCGUCUGCUCAUCUGAAGUACUCGGGGACUGGUAGGCAGCUUCUCUGCAGUAGUUCCUGUUCUGAGCACGUUCUUACAGGAUGUGUUCUGUCAGGGUCAAAGCCAGACUAGUUUGAAAUCCUAACGUUCUCUGUUCAGAACAUAGUGCCUGGCUCUCCAGGAGCCACUGCUGACCUUGUCAAGACAACACUCAUCUUGCCUUCGUCCGCACAGAGCUAAGAUGCUGCCAGCCAGGUACCAUGUCCUGAUUGGAGAGGAAAACAAGUUGCCUUUGUCUCUAAGCUCUAACAACUUGCAGUGUCUCUGUUCCUCAGGAGAUGACAAGGCUUUGCUUUAUUUCUAGACUUGAGUUCCUUUUCACUGCAUCCGACCACCCCAUACUCUGCCAAGUUGCUAAGGGCAGCACCAGAAGUGAUGGGAUGGCGAGGUCCUUCAAAGGAGUGCCCACACUUGGUCUCUGCUUAUAUUCAUAACAGAACGGUUACAAAAAGGGUUGGUCCAUUUUCAGAUGGACCAACAGGACGAAUGUAGACUGCUCUGCAGUGGGUUAGCAAAUACAGAAAGCUGGGCAUUUGUAUGAACUGAAAUAUCACAGCUUUGACCUCGGGGAGGUACUGGAAAUCUUGGGAGAAAGGGAGGGAAAAGCACACUACAGUUCCCGUGACACUGAGACCCCUGCCCCAUUGAUUUCAGGCUCCUCAAGUACUUGGGACUUCAGAUUCUCAUUUUACAUUUUAUAUUUUUAAAAUUAUGAAGUAGAAAGCAUCAUUCUGUAUCCUGUCAAAAAUGAAGUCUCCCGACGGGAGCAUAGACCUCUGAGGAAGGGGCUCCUGCAUGAGCUGUGAGCAGCAGUUUGAGAAGUGAUUUCCCUAGUUUUUGUUUUGCUUUUUUCCCCCUUUGUUUGCCUCAUCCCCGAGUACCUCUUCUUUCUGUUUAACAUGUGCCUGUGUGGGGAGGAGGGGAGCAUUUAUGUUAUUCCCCUGAAAUGCUUUGUAUAACCUGUUUCAAAACCCAUUUCUUCUGGGCAUGGUUGCACAGGCCUUUAACCCUAGCACUGCAGAAGCAGAGGCAGCCAUACUCUGUGAGUUCAAGGCCUACGUAAUGAGUUCCCAAUCAGCCAGGGCUAUGGAGAGAGACCUUGUCUCAAAAGAAGAAAAAGAAAAAAAUUGUUUGGCUUUUAUCAAUCCAUUGCACAAGUGGCAGAUGUGAGCACUUGUACCUGUGUGGGGGAGGGGGAAAAAAGGAUCACUUGUCCUUCAGUAGGCUCCCAAAGUCAUUAACAUGUACGUUAAAGGGAAAAUAGAAGUUGCCAAAGUCAGUAUUCGGUCCUGGGUUUUCUUGUGACUUCACUGCGUCUACUAAGAGAUGAGAAGCUUCCUUACCUGCUGACUGAUCCUGCCUGUGUGCAAUGGCUUUCACCUGUCUGCCAGUUUGCUCAAUUGGGUCUUCUCUGUCAGCUGAAAGCAGUGAGGGAAAUUACACUUUUGUUGUUAGUUAACAUCUCAUAUUUUGUACCCUAUGGUAACUGUGUUGCUGCCAAUAACCAAGAUGCUAAAUGAUUACUGCUGGCUAAAAGACCUUUUUAUAUACAAAGACGUGUGUAUUUUCAACUGAUAUGGCAAGUUCAUGUGUGUCCAUUUGAAUAUUACACAAUAAACACAUACUGUGGAUUCCAUCUUCACUUUGUGUUCUUUGAAUAACGUCCUUGAGAUUGUUUACGUCUGUGUUUACCUGUAAUGAACUCUGUGGACCUGUGAAAUAUCCAAGUGUCAACAUCCACUAGUCAGUCUCUUUAGCUUCUGUGACUUGGAGCUCCUAACACUAAGGGAUUAGUGUUCGUUUUCCCCAGGGGUAUUUGACUAGGGCAUUACUGUUUAAUGACUUCAAGACAUAUUUUAAGGACUUUGUUUAUUGACCAAUGUCUUAUUGCAAAGUAUGAGCCUACCAGUCGUGGUUACCCUGUACAGAGAUAGCUGUUAACGAGUCGUAGUGUAUGUGAGAUCGCUUGUAACAUUUAAGCUGCUUUCUGAUGUGUGCUGGUGGGACAGUUUUUGUACACUGUAUUUACUAGAACUUUGCCUUUUUAAUCUUACAGAUACUUUAGAAUUCAAAUAUGUUUUCUGCUUCUGUAAGAAUGUGGGAAAGCUUUUAAUAAUGGCAUUCCAAAUUGAUUUCAGGUCUUGCUUGAGGUUGACUUUAAUAAAUUGUCCUGUAUGGUCUACUUAAGAA